UGUGUGUGUGUGUGUGUGUGUGUAAAAAACAGUUGAGCCCUCGCACACUGCUGGCAGACACGGGCUCGAGGAGCACGCAGCGCGAGGAGGGAUACUAACUUACAGCAACAAGUUUAAUACCUGGUACGUGUCGUGAUACGCUGAGUGAGUUUACUGCACGCACUAAAAAAAAGUUCUUAAACGGGCAAAAACGAGGACAAGAACAAGGUGUUCAUUACAUUUGGGGGGAAAUUCAUCAUUUAGACCAAAAGGUGCUGCCCAGCCAUGUUCCCCCAGUCGCCGCUGCUCCUGCUACUCUGUGCCAUUCUUAUCCCCCUGCCAUCAUGGACCCUUCCCUUUGAGCAGAAGGGUUUUUGGGACUUUGGAAUUGAUGGGGACGGUGGAGGAAUGACGAUGAUGAUGAUGAGGGACGAAGAAGAAGGCUCAGCUGUUGAAGAACUCCCAAGUCCAGAUGUCCCGAUGUGUCCCUUUGGGUGCCAGUGUCACCUGCGCGUUGUGCAGUGCUCGGACCUCGGUCUCUCUGCUGUACCAAAGAACAUCCCUGCUGACACCAAACUACUGGACCUUCAGAACAACAGAAUCACAGAGGUCAAGGAGAAUGACUUCAAGGGACUCAGUAACCUCUAUGCUCUCUCACUGGUGAACAAUAAGAUCGCCAAGGUUCACCCCAGGGCGUUCACCCCUCUUCGAAGUAUGCAGAAGCUCUACUUCUCUCGCAACCUGCUGACAGAGGUACCCAAAAACCUGCCUUCUUCCCUGGUGGAGCUGCGCAUUCAUGAGAACCGCAUCAAGAAGGUGCCGGAAGGAGCCUUUGCUGGCCUGGGAAGAAUGAACUGCAUUGAAAUGGGAGGGAAUCCCCUUCAGAACAGUGGUUUUGAACCCGGAGCUUUUAAAGGACUGAAACUAAACUACCUUCGCAUCUCUGAAGCCAAACUAACAGGCGUGCCUAAAGAUCUUCCUGACAGUCUGCAUGAGCUUCAUCUGGACCACAACCAGAUACAAGCCAUUGAACUGGAGGACCUGAGUCGGUACAAGAACGUCUACAGACUGGGUCUGGGCUAUAAUCAAAUCCGGAUGAUAGAGAACGGUAGCCUGACCUUUGUGCCCAACCUGAGGGAGCUGCACCUGGAAAACAACCGCCUCUCUCGAAUCCCCGGAGGGCUGCCUGACAUGAAGUAUCUCCAGGUGGUCUACCUCCACUCCAACAACAUCAGCCGGGUGGGCAUAAACGAUUUCUGCCCCCAGGGAUUUGGGAUGAAGAGAACUUUCUACAAUGGCAUCAGCCUCUUCGCCAAUCCUGUGAACUACUGGGAGGUGCAACCCGCCACCUUCCGCUGUGUCAGCGACCGGUUGGCCAUACAGUUCGGCAACUACAAGAAGUAAACCGAGCGAUGGGGAGGGGGCGGGGGGUGGGAGUCAGGGAGAACAGCUGGAGAAAAGACAAGUUGCCCGUGAUACCAAAUCUGUUGAGUUAAAAAGAGGCAUUUUUUUUGAAAGGAGGACGGUAAACAGUGUAACUUUGGUCCCACAUAUGUAAUGUGUCUGUGAUGUUUGCACACUUGAAGAAAGCCCUGGUGACAGUUGGAAAGAAAGUAGGGACAAAGUACUUGGUUUAAACAGAAGGCAGGGAAAUAAGAAAACAAAGUAGCAAAGUAUUUCAUAAUCAUAUCUGUGAUUUUCUUUUAAAGUGUUGACUGACAACAGUAACUGUCACGAAUUCGAAAAGAAUUAGUGGUUUUUUUCCAAAGCAAAUUCUGAUGCAAUUCAAGAAAAUCAUCAAAUAUUGUUCUUUGAUUAUUAUUAUUACUACUAGGAAUAGAAUUACAGUGUAAGAGUUAUGCUGAAGUGCUAUUCAUAAUGAACUCACAGGAAAACAGGUCUAUUAAAAAGGGUUUCUGACAACUGAGUGUAUCAUUAUGAUGGUGCUUCAUACUUUGAGUCAUGAGGGAAAACAGUUGAUAUGUCUCUUUAUUGUAUGUGAUUUGUUUUUUUUUUGGUUUUUUUUUUUUUUUUUUUGCUUAUAAAGAGAUCUGUCCUGUAGGGGUUCAAGGUCUUAAGGGCUCAAAUGUUCCUUGAAGGUUCUUUUCCCACGCCUUGUCAGCAGAAGUCGGUCAUUUUUUUCUACUAAAUGCAAGGGAAACCUACAGAUGACCUGCUCUCAAGGACUGUAAGAAACACAUCUCUGAAUUUUUAAUGCUUUUAUGGCAAUAGCCAACAUGUUAUUUUGCACAAAUUUCUCUGAAAGUCUGACCAGCCUUUGCAAAAAUGCUUUCUCUGUAGAAUGUUAAUAAUGGUUUUCACACUAUUAAAAUUUUCAGAUCGGUCCUCUAGAUGCAUACUAUGUACUUCUGCCAUACUGCUGCAUGUGAGAAUAAAGACUUUUUCAGUAAAUCAAACAAACAGUAAAGCUGAAGCCUUGGGCUGAAGGCCGAGAGAGCGAAAUGGCACAGCAAACAAAGAGGAUGUGAGUGUGAGCGGUCCAGCAGUCUUGAGAACUCACAAAUAACUCAACUCAAUAAAGUGACU